UUAGGAAAUAAAUCACCAUGUCGUCUGCACUGUUACCUAAGCCACAAAUGCGGCGCCUUCUGGCCAGGCGGAUGAAGUUUCACCUAUUUGGGGCAUUUUUGGUAUCUUUGGGAUGUGCAGCUAUAUAUAAGUUUGGAGUUGCUGAGCCCAGAAAACGAGCUUAUGCAGAGUUCUACAGAAACUAUGAUCCCAUGAAGGACUUUGAAGCCAUGAGAAGAGCCGGUGUGUUUGAGUCUGCACCACCCAAAUGAUGGCAUCCUGCAUUUACAGGAAAUGUGAUGACUGAACCUUAUUUGUUCACUGAAUUGUAAAGUGUAGUGCACUUCAGUGCAUGGCACGCUCUAAUAUAACUCAAAUAAAAUACAU